GGAGCAGCUUCCUUUAUUCCCCAAAACGAUUUGUUGUAUGGACGCUGGAUUCCCGUUUCCAACAGCGUUUGGUAACCGAGGCUGCUUACUCAUUUUCACUCCGUGAAAUGUCGUAGCUUCGUUGUCAUUACAGUUUCCUCCCACUCGAAACAACUCCGCCCCGACCUUCCCGAGGGAAUCAAACGAGCUCCUGAAACGCUUCCAGGAAUAAAGUCCGGACGCUUGGAGGCAACAUGACUGUCGCUCAGCAGUUUUUCAUCUUUCUCUGCGCCACCACCAUGACGUUCAACUGUAACGCAGAUUAUCAACUUCCCGAACCAACAGAUGUGACAUAUAGGUGGGAUGACCAAUUUCAAGUGAACGUGUCCUGGUCCUGGAAGAAGCCAGACAAUCACCCGAAAAACUGUACAGUCAAAUAUGAAGUAAUCAGAUAUGGACUACCGCAGUCAGAUGAGCAGAAUUUCCUAAGCCUAGUUAAUAAUUUCACAGUGAAGUACUUCACAGAAGAUAAGCACUCUGAUCACUGGAAUAUCAGCAUUCAAGCUGUAGAUCCUGUGUGUAGGAAGAAAAGCAGACCUGUGAACAAAACCAUUAAAACUUCAAAGCGCCGCACUGAAUUGGUGACGGACUUCAGAUGUUCACUUGAGUCUGAGAGAACAAAGUGUUUCUGGAAACCAGUCAAUGAGUCAGUCAAGCUGAACAUCAGCUACAGGACUUCAGAGGAACACGAUAAAAUCAGAGCAUGUGAUGGGUCCACCGGCCAUGAAAAGGAUGUUUGUUAUCUAAAUGUGAAUAAUCUUAAAGUUGACAUCUAUGUGCUCGUGGAGACUGAAACUGGACGCAACACCCUCAAACCUAAAUUUGUGAUACCUUUACCAAAGAUGAACAUCGCAGAAGAUAAAGGCAAUCUCUACCUGACAUGGGAACAUCGAGGUCCGGCUGUUGGAAAAUGUGGAUUAAACUAUAGUGUCUGCAUCACCGAGUGCAAUAACGUCAGAACUCUCCACACUAAAGGGCCAAGUCUGGAAAUCCCCUAUAACAAAAACUGCCAAUACAAAUUCCAAUACAGUGUGCAGACUGAUCAAUACUGCAUCCCUUUGUCCAGUGACCUCAGUGAAGUCAUAACUCACGGGGAGAAUAGGUCUCCAGAUGAGAUGCUGACUGUGAUCGCCAUCGUCGUCCCAAUUAUUCUUUCUGUCUCCGUCAUUCUGUCCUGCUACUGCUUCCAGAGGAACAGGGAAAUCUUUUGUCCCAGGAUACCUGAUCCUUCAACAAUAUUCAAGGAAAUGAUGAUGACUGGAAACAGAGAUUCUAAGCCCAUCCCUGGAAAUCUGUACACACCGGUGCCAGAACCCACUGAACACAUCAUCCUUGUAUCUGAAAACAUGAUUCCUGAGGAAGCCUCCUAAUCACACAUGUUCAGAGGAAUGUGCAGAUGGACUUGAAGGAACAUAUACAUAGUAACUUAACAGCAGGUUGAAAACAUUUAGUUUCACUUGCCUUUUUUCGGUUGAAAGUUUCAUACCUGUUGCAGGUCCGACGUGUGCUGUGUGGCACCUCUGCUGCACUGGUGAACACCUGUGUCCGUGUUUGCAUAAAAAGGAAUUUCACCUGCUAAUAAGUAACUCUGUGGGACAGUGCAGAUCCACGCUGAUUGAGCGUGCUGUGGACAGGAUAAAGAAAUGCAGUAAAUCUUCGGAAUUUGCUUCAGAAAAGCUGCCCGACCGUGGACCCAGAAAUGUGAGUGGGAUUGAUAUCCUCAUGCUGAGGCAGAGGAAGAUAAGGGGAGGCUUUGCAUUCCCGUUGGAAAGAGAAGACCAGAGGAGGCUGAUUCAUCUGGAAGCAGUUCUAGUGGUAACAAGAGCUGACUUUUCCCUGGAUAUCUGCUGUCACUCAUAAAAUGGAAAGAAAAACAAAUGUAAUCUUGUCACAACAUGAACCUUAUUUGUACAAAUGAAAAUUUGACUGCCAUCCUGAGUCACCUGUGCAGGAAUUAACUAGGAGGCAAAAAAAAGGUAAAAAGGUAAAAAGGUAGCAAAAAAGCCCCAAACUGUAGAAAACAUGUCGGGAUGAGAGCACACUGCUGGGCUUUAGUGCUGGGUGACUGCGACAGCCUACGUAGACUUCUCUGUUUUACCAUUGUUGGUGCAUGUGAAAAGAACUUUCACCUUGUCCGUCUAAAUAUUCACUUGCAUGAACUCUGCUGGCAGACAUGUUUUGGAUGGCAUUUUCUUACUAAAGUUAAGCUGUAUAAAAGAUCUUUGAUGUGGCAUUAAGAGUUUUCUGUCUUUGUACAAACCUUUCAAACUUUGUAAAGAGAGAAGUGAUGUAAGUACUUCAAGAACUGUAAACAUCUGAACAUAUAAUAAAAUAAUUACAAACUUCGACGUCACACUGUCAA